AUGGGAGGGUGGGGUCAAGAUCCCGAUGGAUCAUGGAAUUGUCAAAAUGAUAUGUUUUAUCUAGAUUUAUCCAAUUCACUAAAGACAUCAUCAAUAAUUGAAUUGAAACUAGAAGAAUCGACAAGCGUGCCGGUAAGGAAUUGUUGGUCAUCAUCAUCUUUAGCGGAAGGGGGGAAGAAGAUUUACAUUUUUGGUGGAAUCAUGUUGGACUCAAUUAGCAAAGAAACAAAUGAUAGUUCAUUAAUUUAUUCAUUUGACAUCAACGCACAAAAAUGGAGUGCACCAAAGAUAAAAGGAAUCCCCCCAGAAAGGCGACAACAUUUUCAAAUGGUUCCUGACAAUAAGAAUGACUAUUUAUACAUUUUUGGUGGAUCAACUGGCGAAAUUACUAAAAGUGUUAAAUGGUUUAAUGAUAUGAACGUUUUGAACACCAAUGAACUAACUUGGCAAAAUAUGAUGAUUCUGGGUUCAAAAAAGAUCAUCGUUCCGCCGUAUAUGGCUGAUUUCACCGCUACCAUGUUAUCGAGUGGCGAAAUCGUUUAUAUUGGUGGGCGACAAUCCACUUCUCCAAGCGACGUGUCCUUCACUUUAUCCAAGAUGAAUGUGAUUUAUGUCUUCAAUACAAAGUCAUCCAGUUGGAAUGUCAUCAAUGCCGGUGGUGAUGCUCCCAAUUCACGUAUUGGACAUUCGGCGGUUUUAACUUCAAAUAACAGAAUUAUCGUAUACGGAGGGACGAGUGAAGAUCCAGCGACUCCCGCAACACCUGACCUAGCGAUUCUUGAUGUCAAUCAAACACCUUAUCAAUGGAAAAUACCAAAUGUCACGAAGGGUUCACCACCGUCUCGCUCAUUUCAUUCGGCGGCUUUCGUCCAAAAUCACAUGAUCAUCGCAUUUGGGAACAUAACGACAAAAACGGCAGGCAUAACGAAUUCAUUUUACAUCUUGGACGUCACAAAUUUCCGUUGGUCAUCAUCGCAUAUAAAAUCGAAUCAAACUCCAGACGCCACACGGGGAUUACAGGAGGUUCCUUCCACGACGCCAUUAAGAGAAAGUUUAUUCACACAAAACAUGGCUCUCAUCUUAGGUGCCAGUAUUGGUGGCUUGAUAAGUUUUAUCAUCCUUGCUAGUAUCGGUGUUUUAAUAUAUAAAAAAUGGAGGAUUUAUCAAAAGAUCAUCAAGAGAAAUAGACAAUACGUUGAACAAAUUUCUUCCUCGCAAAAUUCCAACAAUUGA